AUGGCUACUUCUACUGCUAAGAAUAUUGAUACAAUGAGUAAUAGUAAUGGUAAUGAUAAUGUAUCAAUACAAAAACCAAAGAGAAAAGUUGGUAGACCAGGUAGAAAGAAGAUUGAUACAGAAGCUAAAAACAGAAGAACUGCACAAAAUAGAGCAGCUCAAAGAGCCUUUAGAGAACGUAAAGAACAAAAAUUAAAAUCAUUAGAAAGUAAAAUUUCAAAUUUAGAAAAAAUUAAUGAACAAUCGGAAUAUGAAUCUGCUUUAUUAAAAAAUCAUUUAGCUGAUUUAAUUCAUGAAAUUACAAGAUUUAGACCAAAAUCUCAAAAAGAUUUACAAGUAUUAGAUUUAUUAGCAAGAAAUAAUAUUAUUAAAGAAGAAUUAAAAUUACAAAAUCUUCAAGAAGAUGAAAAUAUUGCUAAUUUAGAUAAUCCAAAAGGUAUUCAAACAACUACAACUACUCCAACAACAACUGCAAAUUUAACAACUGCAUCUUCAUCGUCAUCACCUAAUGAAGUUCAACCUGACGUUACUCCACAGUUACUAAAAAGAGAAUCACAUAUCGGUAUUAAACCAGAACCAAUAUAUACACCGGAUGCAUCGAAUUCACCAAUGUCAAUAAAUUCUAAUGGUAACAAUAAUAAUGCUGGUCAUGGUAUUACUGAACAAUCUUUGUUUGCUGCUGCUGCUGCUGCAGACAUUGCAGCUGCAAUGGGUAAUAACAAUUAUACCAAUACAACUGGAAUCUCUAAUAAUAAUAUAAGUGGAACAUGUUCUGGAGGUUGCAAUAAUAGUAAUACAAAUGAUUCAGAUCUUAAUAGUGAUAAAAAAUAUAAUUCAAUUUCUGGUUCAUCCAAUGGCAGUAGUAACAUGGAUAUUAUUGAUGAUUUAUUUAAUGCAGCAUAUUCUUUAGAUAAUUCCGAUCAAUUUGGUAACAAUAACGCUAAUGAUCUCAGCCUGUCAGUUAGCACUACCACUAAUUCAGAAAUUAACUCCGAAUAUAAUAUGACCAACCAUUUCCCUGAUAUUAGUAACAACACUAAUAUGUUUUCAAUUUAUGGGGCCAUUGGUAGUAACAAUAAUAAUAAUGGAAUCGCAACAACUAAUAUAAAUAACAAUAGCUCUAAUACCUUUGGACAAACUGUUCCUCAAUUUACAUUAAACAAUUUAACCAAUACAUGGAACAAUAAUUUUACCGCAUCAGCUUCAGAUCAUAUAACAAGCUCAGAAUCCAGUGUUGUUGAUGGAAACGAUCUUGCGGCAAUACAGUAUGCGUUUGAUGUUCCAUCUCAAUUGAAGACAACAGGUAAUGAUAAUAAUAAUAACAAUAGCAACCACGACAACAGCAAUAAUGUCACUAAUGUGAAUGGCAAUGGACCUCAUUUCAUGUCUUUCUUAAAUAGUUCAUUAGCGUUCCCAGAUAUGGACGAUAAUGUUAUGUUCAGAGAACCGGUUCCUGAAAAUACAAGUUGUUCUGAGCCGACUCCAGAUUGUGCUUGUAAUCAUGAUAAUACUGUUGAUGAUGAUCAUCAUCAAAGUAGUAAACCUAUCAAAUGUGAACUUCUUACAAGACAUAUUAUCAAUGAUGAAUCUAUACAGUCGAUCCUUAGAGACAAGAACUUCCAGGCUACAGGGAAUUCCACAGUCGCUUCUGCAUGUGCAGCAGAUUGUGAUGGUAAGCAAUGUAAUAGAGUCACACUACCAUAUGAUAAAGCAGGUAAGACAAUGAAAUGUGCAGACCUAUGGAGACAUAUCACUACGUUACCUAAGUACUCGGCAGUCGAUAUCGAUAAUUUAUGUGAUGAGCUAAUGACAAAAAUCAAUUACUCAGACGAAGGCAUUACAAUCAAACCAAGAGAUUUCGAUACUGCUUUGAAGAAACAGAUCAUGUCCUAG